AUGGAUCGCUCCAGCAUCACCGGUCGGGCUACCGAAAUCAGCGAGACUGCGAACGUUCUCGCUGGUAUUAUAGCCAAACACGGACAACCGGAGCCAUCCUUCGAGCAUGGAAUCCCAGAUGCUCUGAGGAGCGAUGCGCCAAAUCCAGAUGAAACUGGAAUAGCAAGUCGUAUGAAGUUGAUCAACAUGCUUGACGAAUUCCGUGAUCUGUUAAUAGAUCCUGUUAUGCAUUUGAGCCCGGAGAGUCGAAACCCAACUUUAAGUGUUUAUACUAUAUGCCGUCUUGGAUUUGCCGAUCAUGUGCCCAAAGAAGGUAUCUCGGUUCAAGAUCUGGCUAAGAAGGUUAAUUUGGAUGUGAAUAUCGUGCGUCGAAUCAUGACACAUGCUGCCACAUAUCACGUCUUCUAUCAGCCAGAACUGGAUUACUUCGUCCACACAGCCAGCUCGCGCAUCCUGACUGAGGGUGAGGGUAUGCGCAAUUGGUGUCUGAUGGGUAUAGGAGAAACCCUGCCAGCAACCUUCAAGAUUCCCGAUGUUCUAACAAAAUAUGGAUUCUCCGAAGAGCCAGAGAACAGUGCCUGGUCUGUUCAUAACAAUACCAAACUCCCAGUGUUCGCAGCUUUGAAUGAAAUGCCAGAGCGUGGUAUUGUGUUUUCCAAAGCUAUGGCCUGGCAUCAACAGCUUCCGGGCUUUUCGGCAAGCCAUCUGAUAGAGCACUUCCCUUUCAAGGAAAGUGGAACCACCACAGUCGUUGAUGUGGGAGGUGGAUUUGGACAUAUCGCGUUAGCUCUGGCCUCGCACAAUCCUAAUGUUGAAUGUGUUGUUCAGGACCUCAGUGGACCUGUCGCUCAAGGAAAGGAAUUGACACCGCCAGAGCUUACUAGCCGCGUGAAAUUUCAAGAGCAUGACUUCUUUCAAGAUCAGCCGGCGAAGGGUGCCGAUAUUUACUUACUAAGACACACGCUGCAUGACUGGUCAAAUAAAUAUGCGCGAAAGAUUCUUACCGGCCUUAUUCCAGCCUUAAAAUCCGGGUCAAAGGUUAUCAUCAAUGAUCGCAUCAUCCCUGGAUUCGGGGAGGCAAGUUACCUCGCCGAGCGUGAAUCAAGGGAUUACGAUCUUUACAUGUUUACUCUUACAAGUGGCCAGGAGCGUACGCGCUUAGAUUGGGAGGCUCUCUUCAAGGAUACAGAUUCCCGGUUCAAACUGACUCGAGUGGUUAAGCCCGAGAAAUCCUUCUUGGCGAUUAUGGAACUGACUUGGGAGGAAUAA